CUCUCUCUCUCUCUCUCUCUCUCUCUCUCUCACAUCUCAGGCCCGGGAUAGGGAAACGCCGACCAGAGAAUCGUUCGAUGACCUCCGGCGACGAAGAGAAGAUUCGAAGAUUCAGUAGCUUAGAGCGGUCACCGGAGAAGGUGAACUUGGGCGGCCGAAAGGUUUGUUAACAGGGAUUCAGAACCGUGGUUGGGCGAAGAGGUGAGGAGAGGCAACUUUCAUAUGAGGAUUCCGCAAGAGAGGGGAAGUAGAGAAGGGUGAGAUCCCUAUAUUUUGUUCGUUCUUCUCUUCUCUAAACUCUCCCCUCCAGGUUCGCUCUUAUUUAAUUCUACUCUCUUCUCGACUUUUCACUUUCCCUCUUUGGUUUUUUCCUUUUCUGGUUGAGAGAAAACUCGCGUCAGUCUUGAGGGGGGAGGAUUCUCGGAGUAAUCAAAGUGAUGGUGGUGUUCGAGCUAUGGUGUUCGAGCUAUGGUGUUCGAGCUAGACGAAUGUGAUGGUGGUGUGCAAUGGUUAUCGGCCGGGUCGUAGAUCCUGGUCUGGCUAGCAGGCGGAUUCUUAGGCCAGAGCUUGCUGAUGGAGAAGAGACGUGCACGUUCAAAGUUCUUCCAUAUCAGAGUGAACCAGAGUUUCCUGAUUUCUUCUCUUCUCUUUCAACUGCGUGGAUUUGAGUGGUCUAAGGACUGGAUUCGGAGAAGUGCAGAGAGUGGGUUCGAAGAUUCGGCAUAUCCCUAGGUUUUACUUUGCCUUCAGGCUUUCUCAGGAACUUUCCUCCGCUGAAAGCUCUAAUCAAGUUGUUUCUCUCCCAUUCUCACCUGCGAGCACUGGAAUCGGAGAGGAGAGGAAAUCGAAAAGAUGGCUCAAUCCUUUCCAGAAAAUGAGAGUUGGGGGUGAACCCACCGCGGGACGACGAGGUUCACGACGGAGGUUUAUCUCGAGAAUCCUCUCGGAUGGGGAUCCAGGCUCGAAGCAACAGAAUGACCUAAUUGCUACUUUGAGAAACCGCCAGAACGUUAGAACAAUCAAAUAACAGAGUAUGGAUUCAGGUUGAUUGAUUCACGGGUUUGCGAGAUGUUGAUGGAAUGCCUCUGGACAGUGUCGUUGGAACAUAGAUAUGGAUUCCGAGCCUGGCGUUGGUAGUGUUACUGGCGAGGAAAUUGAUUUAAUGGGAGCAGCUCCUAUGCAUAUAUCUUCAAAGCAGGCGAAGAGUGAGUUUCACUCAUAUGGGCGUUUGGACCUCUCCUUUAGAAGUUCACUUCGUGUUAUGCCAGGCAGCUUUACCUCCAAUAUUCAGAAUCUACUACUGUAUCCGAACCAAAGGAGUUUCCAGCUGAUUUAGAUUGGAACUCCUCGGGAAUUAAUGCUACCGAUGGCAGAAGAAGCAUUUUCUGGAGUCAUUCACGGGUUUGAGAGAUUGAGGGUGGUUUCGGAAGAGAUGUAGGUCCACGGAUUUGGGGUUUCGGUUUGAGGUGAUAGUAUAUUAUUCAAAAAACUCCAUCAACUGCCGUCUUCUCGAUGAACCUUCACCACGGACUGAAGAAGCAUCUGAAUGGGAUCAAUGCUCCUACGCACCGGAUGCCUGACAAGCUUGACAGCCCUUUUGCUCGGUAGUUGUUGUCUUGGCCUCACAAGUGGUAGAAGUGCCUGCUGCUCAUUCUUAUCUCCAAAAUCGUCCAAAGUAUGAACUUGCUUCGUGCGGUUGAUCUUCUGAUGUGUCGUUUGGUUAUGGUCUGUCACACAAUCAGGACUACCAAGACUUUCCUUGCUGGUUUUUUGGACUUUACCGGGCCAUGACGCAAUACCAUCCCCAGUACAUUCUAUGGGCUGCUAUUGUAAUGUUAUCAUCUAUGUUGUCAUUCUUGGUUCAACAAUGAUGAUGCUUAGUGUGGGUUGGCAAACCACGCAAUUCUGCAUCCCCAUGAACACUUACGACACAAAUCAAACAUUCCCCGUUGCUGAAGUCUGUUUAUAAUGGGUGAGAGUACUGAUUGAAUAGGUGGGUUCGUGUGAUUUGGUGCUAGGAAUUGGUAGGUCAGAGCAAGAGAAUUGAUGCUUUUGCAGGAUGUAUCGAAGACUUGGUGCUUGUGAGGAUACUGUUGAGAUUUUAUGGUGGUCAGAUGAGAAAACUAAAGUGUGCUUUUAGGCUUCAACUUAAUUACGGGAAGCCUUCCGUCGUGAUGAUAUAUGCAAGUAAGGAAAGGAGAAUGCUUAGAGAAUGCAGCAGCCGAAAGAGGGGAGUGCGAAGAGAGUAAUAGGGUUGCCGAACUGACUUACACUGAGAGAGGAAGAAUGAAUAGAAUACGGAGGAAAAGGAGAAGAUGAGUUGGCAGAGGAGGAGAAAGACCCACAUGCUGGCAGCACAAUUUCCUUGUUUCCCACUUCAGUUUUGAGGAUCCGGCUACCCAGUACUAUUGUUUGGCGCAAGUCCUCUCCACUGAGGCUUCAAGAUCAUGGUUCUACUUAGGAUGUGCCUUUUGCUUUAAGACAGCUAGGGAAUUUCCUGGCACUGGUGUUUUUUUUUGUGAAGAACAUGGCCAACUAAAGGCUGAAGAAACCGAACAUUGGUUAGUUUAAAAUCCACCUUUUCCCCAUCAGUCAAGUGGGCACGCCCAAUUCAACCCUGAAAUUUUAAUACACUUUUACAGCUACAAAAUUCAUUUGGCUGUCGGAGACACUACUGGUUCGGCGUGCUUCGUCGCACUUGGAAAGACCGCUGAAUCUUUGCUUGGAGUUACAGCAAACGAACUAUUGUUGCAGCAUCCCCACCGCCAUGGCCAUUUCCCUCCGGCAAUUGUGGCCAUGAAUGGAUGUUGGUUUUCGUUUUGUGUGCAACUCCCUAAACCUGGAUAUCUGGCUCAGACUCCUCUGGAGUUUACUAUACUUUCUGCAUUCGACCGCAGCCAGCUUUAACAAUAAACUAAUGAAAACGUCAACGCUUGCGCAGAAAGUCAUUGUGCUCGACCGUUGUCUUACCUAUAUUAUCCCAGUAUUUAGCAAUAUUUGCACUUCAACAUCAACAGACUUAUGUAUCCGCGAUGUACGUACAAACUAUUCACAUGCACAAUGACUCCACUUUUUCGCUUACAACUCUCCAUUCCCACAAUAUAGUCUCCCCGCCGCAGAGCGCGGGCUUCUUUACUAGUUUUUUUUAAUAAUUAGAGUUCUGGGAUUUUUUCCGUCCAUCGACCGUCGAUACCAGCAAGUCGCAGUCUCUGAAAACUCACUCAAAACUUCAUUAUGGCGGCUGCAAUGAGAAGAAUCGCUAGUAAAAAUUCCGCCUGGUUCACUUCGUCCUCCUCUCUUAUUCUUCCCCCAGCUAUCUUAGUUUCCUGCCGAUCCAUAGCCACCAAACUCUUCGUUGGAGGAUUGUCGUUCUACACAACAGAGGACGGAUUAUCAGAGGCAUUUUCACAAUAUGGUCAAGUUGUUGAAGCUAAGAUCGUAACAGACAGACUGUCCAAUAAGUCAAAGGGUUUUGGUUUCGUGACCUUUGCUUGUGAGGAUGAAGCAGAGAAGGCCUUAACUGACAUGGACGGAAAGAAUCUGAAUGGAAAAGUCGUUUUUGUGGAUUACGCCAAAGCUAAAGCUGAUUUUGGGGGUGGAAUGCCAAUUGCUAGAGGACCUCCUGAAGAGCCACGAUCCAAAGUUUUAGUAGAUGAGGAGCUUUAGGGUUUCAACUUUUAUGCUCUAAGGAUUUUGGGUUUGACCUCCUUAAGCUGUCAAUCCUUCAUUAUAUAAAGAAAGUAAACAUAUUUUGUGAUAAAAUUUGGAAGUCCUCAAUA